GCGUCUUAAACCCUAAGCAUAGCUUAGCUAGUGACUACCAACUAGCAGGGGGGCUAAAACCCUCUUGCAAAUCUUCCAUACCAACUUCUUCGAAAUUCUACAGUCUUCCCUUGCUGGCGGAAUGGCUUCCUCUGUUGCCUGCUCAAUCCUUCGAAAAACCUUGCGCUUCCAGUUUUGCUCAACUUUAAAUUCUUCGCGCCGUGUAGCUAUCUGUUGUUCUUCUCUAGCCUCUUCUUUCCAAUCGGCUUCUCUGGUCCGGAGGAAGCAAACGCAAAGCAUGUCGAAUCCUCCUUUUUCCAUAUACCCUAGAUUUGCAUCUUUUAAGGUGGGAGAUGAUGAGAAUCUCAUGAACGUUCUCCAGUCCGAGAUAGAAUGCGUCAAGGAACCGAAAGAUCCCGGGGAGAUUAUUGUUCCAAAAGAAUUUCCUUUCGAAAUAAUUGAUAGCCAUGGUGACCAAACAAUUACUCUUAAGAGAGAAUAUAAUAACGAGAGCAUCCAAGUCACAGUUUACAUGAAUUUAGAUAUAGAGAGGGAUGAUAGACAAGAUGAAAAUGUUGAUCAUCAGGAGGGGUCAGAAGUCCAGCCAAACAUUUCAUUGCAUAUAACUGUAGAUAAAGGGCAGGGCUUUAUCUUGGAAUUUGGUUGCAAACUCAAUUCCAAUGAGCUUGAAAUAGAAAGCAUGGCAAGCAGAAGUGAUCAUUUUGAUACCCAGGGAGCAUAUCAAGGACCUGUGUUCUCGGAUUUAGACGAGAACUUGCAAAAGGCUCUUCAUAAGUACCUGGAAGUAAGAGGCAUCAAGAGUUCUUCUCUCCACAGUUUCUUGUAUGAAUACAUGAUAAAUAAAGAUGAAAGGGAGUAUCUAAAAUGGUUAAAGAACCUGAAGGAAUUUCUUCUGAGAUAAUUUAUAGUGUGGAAUAUUAAAGGUUUUUACCUUGCAAAUCUGGCAAAAAGAUGAAUGGCGAGUUGUUUCUCCUGUUUUCACUGAGUUCUACCUCUAAGGUAUUCUCCCUCAUAACUUCCAUAUGCUCUGUCCCAAUAUUUCCAACGCCUAACAACCCCAACAACAUUCAAUAUGUAUUGUGCUUAUGUGAUUAUCUUCGAAGUAUAUAUUAUGCCAAUGAUAAUUUUUCAUCA